AUGAAACCGCUACCGGAGUUGCACUGGUCUUUGUCUAAAGCUGUUUCAAAUUCAAGUACAUUAUCUGCUUCGCUGAUAGCUACCAGUUUUGGUAUGUUAUCAAGUACAAAACCUUCUUCAGG